AUCCUUUCUCUGUUGUUGUUAAGUGUAGCUAUCAAAAAAAACCAUACAAGUCCUUUUCUUCUUUUUGUUUGGGACCUUUAUGGCCGUUUUUAUUUGAGCACAUGAUAAGUAUCUCCGUACAGUCAGAGUAAGACCCAUUUUCUCUCUCUUUCUACAUAUGUCAGUCGUAUACGUCAUUGGAUUGGUACAGACGACGGACGAUUCAACUCAUCUUCUUUUCUCUUUCUCUGGGGUUUUAAUUCAAAAAGUGAAGAAGUCGGUUACUUAAUACUAUUGUCCUUGUACGAUCGUAAUAUUCGCGUUGAGAGUACCUCAUGUGUAUAUGCCAAAACAUCUCUCUCUCUCCUUGUCCCCUGUUUAUAAGUAAGUAAGAACAAAAGAGUAUCACAAAAAGUUGCAGGCUUUUUUGUUUUUUUUUUCUUUUGAGUUAGAGAGAGAGAGAGAUGGUGAGAGGUGGCGAGAGAGUGAAGGAGUUUCUUCGACCUUUCGUCGAUUCUAGAGAGUGGGACUUUUGCGUUAUCUGGAAACUCGGCGAUGAUCCUUCUAGGUUUAUUGAGUGGGUGGGAUGCUGCUGCAGUGGUAGUUAUAUUGAUAAGAACAUUAAGCAUGAACACGAGGAAGAAGAAGAGACAACACAAAAGGUGGGCUCUUUUUGCAGAGAUGAAGACAACAAGCAUCAUAUAAGAACCUUAGCUUGUGAAUCUCUCUCUCGUUUUCCUCUCUUCGUUCCUCUCUAUCCCGGGAUUCAUGGAGAAGUAGUCAUGUCAAAAACUCCCAAAUGGUUGGUUAAUUCUUCUCCAGGAUCUAAACAGGAUAUAUUCAGCACAAGGGUUCUUGUCCCAGUACGUGAUGGUCUAGUUGAGCUUUUCUCCUUCAUAAUGAAACCGGUUGAUGAAAGCAUGGUUGAUUUGAUCAUAUCGCGUUGUAACGCCUUCUUUGAACCAUUCCCCGAGCAAGCACUCCCAUUUAAGAUCAUUCCUAGAGCAGAGGAAUCUAUGUUAAUGCACAAGGAUGUAGAGGAUGAUGCUGCGAUGCAAAACGCCAUGGACGUACCAGAUAGUAGUAACAAGAAGAUGGCGCCAAAGGAAAACUUCAAAUCGAAGAAUCUUCAUUCAGAGAGGAAAAGAAGAGAGAGGAUCAAUCAGAGAAUCUAUGCUUUAAGAGCCGUUGUCCCUAACGUUACAAAGAUGAACAAAACUGGAACUAUCAGUGAUGCGGUUGAUUACAUCAAUCAACUUCUAGUAGAGAAGCAGAAACUCGAAGGUGAGCUGAGAGGAUUCAACGAGGUUGAAUGCAGAGGAAUCAUCGCUGCAGAGGUGGAAGAAUCUGCAGUAGCUAAUUCACAAGCUGGAAAAGUUUUAUCUGGACUCAACAAGAAAGUUUACAACGAGGUGAAUCUUGAAGUGUACGAGACUGGUGAGCGAGGUUUCUUGAUCCGGGUUGAGCAGGAGCAUAAACGAGAUGGAUUCAAAAGGUUAUUAGAAGCUGUAGACUCUUGUGGACUUGAGAUCAUAGACGUCAAUUUCACAAGACUCGGUCUCACAGUCAUGACCGUUCUCAAUGUCAAGGCGAACAAAGAUGGAACUACAAUUGAAAUUCUGAGAGAUUUGCUGCUCAAGAUGAUGAUAACCAACUAAAACAAGGUCAAAUGUGCAUAACCAACUAAAACAAGGUCAAAUGUUUUGUUUGCUUGAGCCACAAGCUACCUAUAAGAUCUGUUUAACAAAGCUUUUUUUUUUAGUGAUAAAUUUAUAUGUUUUAGAUUAAUUGAUUGUUUCCAUAUGUCUCCCCAACUUUAACUGAUUGACUAUAAACUCGACCUCGGUGUUGAAUUUUGAGUUUCUUUAAAUUAAGGCC